GUUACCUGUAAACACCAGGUCACCUCAGCACCAAGAAGUCAGUUCUAGUCUAGUGCUUCAUCGUGUUACUUUGCUCGUUUGGUUCUUCACUUGCGCGCCGAUAUUCGUAUUUUGCCGCGAACUAAGUUUAUUGUGAUAACGAUGAAGUGUCUCGAAAUUUUUUUAGCAGUAUUCGUUUUCGGCGGCACUUGGCGGUUGGUACAGCCGACCUGCACUUUGGAAUCAGAUUUUGGAUUUACCAUCAACUGUGCUUUUAAGAAAUCUGCCCUGUUUCGGGUUAGAAAUCUAGGUGGUGUCAAAGCGCACGUUGGCUGGGGAAUUACGGUAGGUGAUGAGCUCGGGUUCAAAGAGUCUAUCUCCAACGUAGAAAUCAACAAUAGAAGAAGAUCCGCACAACCCUCGAAAUUUCAGCAGCAAAUCCUCAAAGCCGAACAUGAUAGCAGAAUUGAUAAAUCGACGAAUGUGAUUCCAAAGGGAGUACCCAUCGCUGUUAUGCAAGGACCAAUUCAACCAAAGAAGAAGAACACCUCACCCAUGCUAGUCGUUCCACCGUUCAAGCCUAUCCCUGACGAUUUAUCUGCGUCACAGAAAGUCGUUCCAUCAGGUAUACUAGGAAUUGCUGUGCCUUCAACUAUGUUCAACAAGGAUUCGAGAGAAGAGUCUUCUAAAAGUAAAGUAGUGGCGAGCAUCAGCCCAUCGGACAAGUUGAGCAGUACCGAUUUUGCCAUUAGGACAGCCCCAGUACCAAGCCAACCUUCUCCAUCUCUAGCCAACAGGUUCGCCCCCAGCAACUUCACUGAAGACGAGCUGGACCUUGCCGUUUUGAGGAAGCAACAGCUGCUAACCAAGAGUAAGAAAGCCGCGACCACAUCAGCACCAAAAUCUGUGGCUCCGUCCUACAACAAGAUCGCCAGUAGCAUCGGGAAAGUCAUGAACGCUCCUAAAGAAUAUUACCCUGUCGGAUAUGACAAGAAUUUUGACGACAAUUUCGCAUCGAGGGUUGAGCUUCCUGAAACUUCUUUCUAUUGUGGAGACCAGAAACAUUUUCCUGGUUUGUAUGCUGACGAAGACUUAGGAUGUAUGGUUUUCCACGUGUGUGCCCUGACAGAUGAUGGAUUGAUAAUGAAAAGUUUCCUCUGCCCAGAAUCAACUCUAUUCGAUCAAACAAUCCUUAAGUGCAACUGGUGGUUCUACGUGGACUGCAAGUUGUCGAAGAAACUAUACGACUCAAAUUUCCCAAUCUCCAAAAGUUAUCAGCUUAUGAAAGCUCUCACCUUUUUCUCGACGUACAAAAAGGAAACACCGUCAACCACCGAAAAGUCGAAUAAAACAGACUGAUGCUUGGUUUUCCGAACUUCUCCUUAUUUAUGUUGAAUUUGAUCAUCUUUAGAGCUAUCCUAAUUACCAGAAUAACUACCAGUGAAAAUGAUAUCGACCAAAUUUCACAGGAUGUAAUUUGAUGUUCCCCAAUAAAGUUGGAGAUAUAAAAUGAACCGGAUAAACCAAUAGUCAGUACUAUUAUGAUAGCUUUAAGGUGUGUUUGUGAUUGUUGAUAGUAAUUGUAUUUAUUUUUGUGUAUGAUAUUCGAAUUUGAAUUUGUAUUUAUAUGUAUUAUAUGUUAGAUUUAAUCUUCUUUCAGUGCUUCCGAACGUACAUUCCAGAUAACUAUGCAUUUAUGAUUAUUGUGAUUGCUCAUCAUAACUCGAAUGAAUACUUAUUUAUAUCGAAAAUAAAAUUGUUUGUGGGGGGGUGCUCUGGGCUUGUAAUUUAUUAUCAUAGAAGUUUCAACAUCAUUAUAACUACUUGAUUCUUUUGCUUCAUAGACACUUUUGGUUAAUGAAAGAGUAGUAUGAGACAAAAAAAGGAUCAAUUCUGCAUAUCCAAUUAUAAUUUAUUUUUCAUAACUCAAGCGAGGUGCUUCUACCAACUGAAAAAAAUUGAGAACAAAUGCAGUUCAGCGUUCAUGAAUAGGAAGUGCACCUUUGAUUUUUAUUUUGUCAACGUUGAGUAUUUGAUCGUUUUGAAAUUCAGGAAUAUAAGAUUAUUGUUAUGCUAACUCCACUGAAGUGGAUUUAUUCAAGAGAAAUGGUGUUUUAAAUGAGAUAUUUAAAAAUUUUACCGAGAGUAUUAGAAGAUCUUCUUACCAAAUAUGAAUAGAAUGUUGCUCAGCUCAUCAGGAAUUUUAUACUUAUUUGUUAUGUUGCAAUGAAUCUAUGCUCAAUUCAUUACUGAGAAUGAACAGUUUGUAUGAAUAAAUAUAUUUUCAUAA